UAUAGCCUACAGUCACCCUACAGGCCUAAUGGAGUAAUGAGUAGUGUAUUUCUGUCACUUAGCCGGUGGCAGUACGAGUGCUACUACUAGUACUAGUACUACUACUAGGACAGGUCGCAAGUUCCAACUACCAGUACUACAAGAAAUAAUAACUUCAACAGCACAGACGGAGGCAGGAUUAUGAAUAUAUUCAGUGUAAAACAUGAGUGCUGUACUAGCCGAGAAAGAAGAUUCGAGUGCGGAUACGAAUCCUCAGUGUUACACGCCUACAUCAUCGUUGUGGAAGUCGUUAGAAGCGGUGUUCAGCCCCAGCGAACAACAGGAAAUCAAGCAAUUGCUGGGAGAAUCUCUAGUGGAGCAAACAUUAGAACUGCAUUAUGAAAAUUAUCAUUACCAGGUAAAGACACUGCUGGAGAUAUUGCAGGCUUCCCAAUUAAGGGCACCACAAAUUCCAACAGUGUCCAAACUUCCGGAGCCACCAGAGGCAAGAGAACGUCUAAGAAAAGAGAUUCGCUACUUUGUGACCUUGCUUAACGAGGGAGGGGCUCAUGGAAGGGCAAAAGAUUUGUUGAACUCUGCAGUUGUGCAGUAUGCCUUUAAAGAAGAUAAAAAGGCAAGUAUGCCAACCAGACCUCUUGAUCUUGGAUUCAGUGGUGAGAGCAAAACUGCAGUUGGAUCCUCAUCCUUCACAAACAGCUGUGUCCAUAACGCAGCAGAAUUGAGCAUCGCAGACGUAGACUGCCGCCUGACAGAUGCCGAUGUCACCGACACCAUACAUCACCUGCAGGCCACACUGCUCGAAGAAGUCUCGCACCUGACUCGCAAUAUCCGCUAUCUACAGUAUUGCUUGGAAGAAGAGGUAGAAUAUCAACAUCAACGUUCCAGCCAAUUCGAUGAGCCCUCCCUUACCGAUAUGAGGCAUCUGAGGAACUCGCUGGAGAAGAUGCUCCUAUCCAACUGCCCAGUGCCACAGAAUAAGCACAAAUCAUGUCUGCUAAGGGAGCCUUCAUCAAAGCGCACUGAAGGACAGAGAUCGCGACAUGCUUCCCCUCGGCUCCCGAUCAUCCCUGUCAGGCCUCCCGUGUCGUCGGGGACGAAACCGAAGCGUGCGAUUCAGACCGGCUUCAGGAAAAUCACGCGGACGUCUCCGUUGACGGCGACCGGAAAUCCUGCCACCGACGCCGUCCCGUUUAAGAGCGACGGGAGUGAAGGCAGCAGUCGCGAGCGGCACCCCGCGACCUUCACAUCGGGCGGUACGACCUUGACCCUUCCUUCGAGUCGGCCGUGCGUCGUGCCUCUGACAGAUGACCCAAGGCCAACCGAAUGUCAGUCACGCACCGGGAGCGACGCGGCGAGUCGGUUGUCUUCAAUAGACGUGUCAACGGUGCAGAGGGUGCUAGUGAGCCGAGUUCUGCAGCUACAAAACUCUGUAGCCUCGCACGCGGUUAACUAGGAUGAUGAUAAUGUGAUAAACCUUCGAUAGCGUGUGACGCGGGGUCUGUUUGUUUGCGAUCGUAUGAUCCGCCCAAACAAACGCGCCCAUUAUGUGUACAAUGCAGGUCUGUGUUAAUAAGGAAAUGCCAAAACGAUAGACACAUAUAGAAAUUGAAAUGACACAUAUAGUAUUGCCUUAUUUUAUGUUCAACUAGAACAAAUGAUUGUAAUAAUCAAAUUUAAUAAUGCUAUUUUAAUGGAUGUAUUAUGGUACGUGUAAUACAAUUUACUUAUAUUGAAA